UUUUUGCAGGGGGGGAAAUCCGCGCACAGUUCAGGAGGGAAGAGCGAGCGACGGGCGGUCCGCUCACUCUCUCUGGGGCUAAUGAGAGUUGCCCAUCGGCAUAAAGCGCAUAUAUCCGCCUCUGGUCACCAGAAAGUGCAUAUACCGUCCCGGGAACGAUGCGGCGGAUUACUGCGGUCGCCGUCCUGCUCCUCGCCUCGGCAGCGUGCCCCGCCUGUGCAUCACCCGGACCGACAGUAUCAUGCUGCCUGUCCGUGUCUAACACGCCGAUACACCGGCACAGGAUCGCAGGAUACACCGUGCAGGAGGCAGGACUGUGCCCGGUGAGGGCUGUCGUGUUCCAGACCCGACACGGGAAGAUCGUGUGUGCGGAUCCCGAUCGAAAGUGGGUAAGACGGGCGAUACGGAGGAUGGAUGAGGAGCGGGAGAAGGCAGGAGCGACGGCUGGGACGUACUGAUGAAGAACGAAGGAGAGAGGAAGAGGAGGGGGGAGACAUCGGGGGAAAAGGAGCUGAGUUGGAAGAGGAGAGGAGGAAGCGGCGCUUUGUCUUUGGUGUGAUGAGAAGGUCCUGGCCAUGACUCCAUGCUGCGCUUGUCCUCCUCAGCAGGGCUGCACGCGAUUCUCCCGGGAGAAUCCGGCGUCUUUCUCUGUCAAACAGCCUGCUGGCAGGUUAGGGAAACACUCGCCUGAAAACUGCAUUUUCCAACUGGCGACGUUAAAUCAGCUAAUGCUAACUGGCAAAGAAAGCCCAGGGCACAAUGGCAACUUUGCAUUUUUUAGUGAUAUAUUUCUCUAUGCAUGCAUGCAUCUAUCCACUUUAUGUGUCCACUUGUCAAACAAUUGGGGCUGUAGCCUUACGUACCAGAACUGAGGUACAGGGUUGCCAACUUUGGCCAGCUGACUGGAGUGAGAUUUUCAAUUAGAGACAAGUGUGCACACGCAUUUACAUGUACGUAGCAGUUUCAUUACCUUGGAGUGUGUGGCUUAGUGGACUAAGCCUCUGUGUGUCAAGGUCAACACCUGUUUUGUCUCAGUCUUGCGUCUUCUCCCCGUUUGGCCAGCAGGUGUCGCCAUCCUGUCUUUCCCGUUGUCCUAGUUUUGUGAUUCUAUGAAAUUGAUGUUGUUGGAUGUCAGUGAAGUUUGGAUGUUCUGUUAUUUGUAACCCCGCCUGCCCUCCCUUUAUGGCCUGACCCUUUUUGUAAAUUAGUCUUUGCUUAUCCCUUUUAGUUCUGACCCCUCGAGGUCUGUUUUUGUUUGUAGUGUUUACAGUUUUGUCUCCAAUAAACCUUUGUUGUCUUGUGAAGCCA